UGACAUUUAAACAAUUUCAUUGCAUCACAUAAUCGUAUUUACUGUGUGGUGCUUAAUAUUAAUUAAAUCCCUCUGUAAAUAUAUUAAAUUUUUGAAUGAAAUAGUUAGUGAAAGAUUCUUCGGAGUGCUGUUUAUUAGUUUGCAAUGCAAAAUUCUCGAAAAACCUUCCAAUUACUAUGCACUGCCACACAAAAUCUAUCGUUGAAAUCGGCACCGAAACGCUAUGAUUUGUUAGGAAGUGGAGUCUUGGCAAUUCCGUCAAGAGGUUUUAGUGUGGGAGGUGUACAACGGGCACGUAAUAAAAAACAACAACCGGCAAAUGUUUCGGCACUUUUUAAACCAGUUCCUAUACAACACAAUGUGGAUGAAAUUGAUGUUGGUUCAGAGUUGGCGGGUAAAUUGGAGAAAUCGGCCGUGUUGAAAAUUUUAAACAAAUUUACACAGAGACGAGAAAUAAAGGCAUUAUGUGUAGACAAUGGUUUGGAUAAUUACUUACAACAACAGGCAUUUGCCUCCUUUCGGCGUUACUGUAUAGAAUCGGAAAAUCUGCCUGUCGAUUUACAUAUAACCCUAAGUGAUAUUCUCAAUGGUGCCGGCCAUGUGGAUGAUAUAUUCCCAUAUUUUAUACGCCAUGCCAAAACAAUAUUCCCCCACUUAGAUUGUAUGGAUGAUCUUAAGAAAAUAUCAGACUUAAGAACCCCAGCUAAUUGGUACCCCAGUGCUAGAGCAAUAACACGAAAAAUAGUGUUUCAUGCGGGUCCCACUAAUUCGGGAAAGACUUAUCAUGCUAUGGAACGAUUUUUAACUGCCAAAUCGGGUGUAUAUUGUGGUCCACUCAAGUUGUUGGCGACGGAAGUAUUCAACAAGGCAAACGAAAAGGGUACUCCUUGUGAUUUGGUUACUGGUGAAGAAAGAAAAUUUGGAAUUAACGAGGAUUCUCCAGCUGCACAUGUAGCUUGCACCGUGGAAAUGACUUCAGUUAACACUCCUUACGAGGUUGCCGUCAUUGAUGAAAUCCAACAGCUAAAAGAUCCCCAACGAGGCUGGGCUUGGACUAGAGCUUUUCUUGGUCUUAUUGCAGAAGAAGUUCAUGUCUGCGGUGAAGCUGGUUCCCUUGAAUUAUUGCAGAAAAUAUGUGAAACGACAAAUGAAACAGUAGAAGUUCACAACUACACCCGUCUAACUGAAUUGACCAUAGAAGAUUCGGCUUUAGUCACUUUGGAUAAUAUACAACCUGGAGAUUGUAUAGUUUGUUUUAGUAAAAACGAUAUUUACAAUGUUUCAAGAGAAAUUGAGGCGAGAGGGAAAGAAGUGGCUGUGAUUUAUGGUGGCUUACCGCCCGGUACAAAAUUAGCUCAAGCUGCAAAAUUUAAUGACCCAGAAAACAGCUGUAAAGUUAUGGUGGCAACCGAUGCCAUUGGCAUGGGUUUAAAUUUGAGCAUACGGCGCAUAAUCUUCUACUCACUAGUCAAACCGUCAAUGAAUGAAAAGGGUGAACGUGAAAUUGAUACAAUAUCUGUAUCAUCAGCCUUGCAAAUUGCUGGAAGAGCUGGUCGUUUUCGUACUCAAUGGGAGCAUGGAUAUGUUACUACGUUUAAAGCAGAUGAUUUGCCAACACUGAGGAAACUACUUGCGCAGACACCAGAGCCUUUAAAGCAAGCAGGCCUACAUCCAACGGCUGACCAAAUCGAAUUAUAUGCCUAUCAUUUACCAAAUUCCAGUCUUAGUAAUUUAAUGGAUAUUUUCGUUAACCUUUGCACCGUUGAUGACUCCUUAUAUUUUAUGUGCAAUAUAGAAGAUUUUAAAUUUUUAGCAGAAAUGAUUCAACAUGUUCCAUUGCCAUUGAGGGCUCGUUAUGUCUUCUGUUGUGCGCCCAUUAAUAGAAAAAUGCCAUUUGUGUGUUCAAUGUUUUUAAAGAUUGCCAGACAAUAUAGUCGAGGGGAACCAAUCACAUUUGAGUUUAUAAAGAAAAAUGUUGGUUGGCCUCUGUCUUUACCAAAAACAAUAGUUGAUUUGGUGCAUCUGGAAGCUGUAUUUGAUGUUAUGGAUUUAUAUCUGUGGCUGAGUUACCGCUUUACAGACCUCUUUCCUGAGGCACCCGCAGUAAGAGUUGCACAAGCAGAACUCGAUGAAAUCAUACAACAGGGUGUAUUUCAAAUAACAAGACUAUUAAAAAAUACUGAAGCCAGCCAGAGUGCUGCAGAUGGUGAUACUACCUACAAUAUGAAACGUAUUGUACAAACAAAAGAACCCCGCAUACCAAACACAUCCCGUGGCCGCCUUACUGAUCGCCUUAUUGCUCAAGGUCUAUUGACACCUGGUAUGUUGAGCGAACUGCGUAAAGAAUGGGAUGCCCAACAACAAUCUCUGAGGUAUAAAGAUCAGCAAUAUCAAAAUAAGUCAAACGUUAAUCAGAACGAUAGUGAUGACGAUGACGACCCAACGUCGAAUAGGAAUUUACGUAGAAAACGUAGAAAAUAAAUUUUGUAUUUAUGUGUAGUUUAGAUUAAUUUAAAAUUAAAACGUUAAUAUAAUAUAUUUUUGUUUAUAAUGUUAAGAUCUUGAGAUCUAUGGUGAUUAUAACACUACCAUUUGUCUAUGCUACAAAUAAAGCAUUAAGAUGAACUGAA